AUGACGUCAUUCAACUGGAAGCAACACCAGCAUUUCUUGAACACUUUCAAGCAGUACAGGACUAAAAUCGAAGGUCUCUCGAUACACUUCUUACGUAUCUCGUUGCCAAAGGAGCCAUCCAAAAAUUUAGUACCUCUCUUGAUGCUCCACGGUUUUCCAGGGAAGCUACUGGGAUUUCUACAAGGUGAUUCCAAUACUUACGAACCCUGUCCGUUUCGGUUUCGAUUUUGGUGUCAAACGGCCGCUACUAUUCGAUGUUAUCAUUCCAAGUCUGCCUGGAUUCGUGUUUUCUGGGAAACCUUACAAAUCUGGUGA